GCUUUCCAUGUGUGCAUGUGCAUGUAAAUGUCAGCUUUAAUGCAGAGCGUUUCACUACGAUAUAGCGACUGUUUCUCCCCCGUAUUCCUAUAUAUUUAUUAGCAUAGUCAUUAAGCCUCGUUUAGACCUCUGGGAUACCCUUUUAAAGUUAGUUUUAGUUAGUUAAAUUAUUUGCUAAUUCGCGCUAGCUCAGGCUCUUCAGCUUGCAGAGCAGCUUGCAUCUUUCGCAGGAUCUUUUAGCUGCAGUUUUUUCUAAAGAUGGUUUAGCCUGACAUGUUUCGGGUCCGACCGCUGCUCUGUGCCUUAUUUUACCACAGACAGACAGAGAGAAACGGGAGGCUUUCUAAGUUCUUUCGCAUGAUGAGUGAAGGGAACAUGGAGAAGCAAACAGCUACACUGUUGAAAAGGACCAGUGAGGAAAAUGAAGACUCAGCUGAGAGGGUCCAGGCAGCUAAAAGGCUGAAAACAGAAGGGGAACAACCUGAAGAUGAAAAGAAAUUUCCCAAAAAGAAAGUGGUCCUCCUUAUGGCGUACUCCGGGAAGGGAUAUUAUGGGAUGCAGAGAAAUCCUGGAAACUCCCAGUUCAGGACCAUUGAAGAUGAUCUGGUUGCUGCUCUUAUUAAAUCUGGUUGCAUUCCUGAAAACCAUGGUGAUGAAAUGAAGAAGAUGUCUUUCCAAAGAUGUGCCAGAACAGAUAAGGGCGUGUCUGCAGCUGGCCAAGUGGUGUCUCUAAAAGUGAGGAUGAUUGAUGACCUAAUUGAAAAAGUCAAUGAGCAUCUGCCACCGCAGAUCAGAGUGCUUGGACUGAAACGAGUGACGCAGGGUUUCAAUUCCAAAAACAACUGUGAUGCUCGUACAUACUCGUACAUGCUUCCAACAGUGGCCUUUUCCCCAAAAGACUAUGAUACAGGGAAUAUAGCAGAAUUUCGCCUGGAACCAGAGACGCUUCAGAAGGUGAAUCGCCUUUUUGCCCUCUACAAAGGAACACAUAACUUCCACAACUUCACCUCCCAGAAGGCUCCAAAUGACCCCAGUGCUCGCCGCUACAUCACAGAGAUGUCCUGCGGUGAGCCUUUUAUCCGCAGAAAUCAUGAGUUUGCAGUAAUCAAUGUGCGAGGCCAGAGCUUCAUGCUGCACCAAAUCCGCAAGAUGAUUGGCCUGGUGAUUGCAGUGAUCAAGGGCUAUGCAAAGGAGGAGGUGAUCGAGCGGAGCUGGGGGCAGGACAAGGUAGAUGUUCCCAAAGCUCCGGGACUUGGCCUCAUCCUGGAAAGGGUUCACUUUGACCGGUACAAUAAACGUUUCGGAGGGGACGGGCUGCAUGAGAAGCUGGAAUGGGAUCGGGAAGAGGAGGCAAUCAAGGCCUUUAAAGAGUCCCAUAUCUACCCCACCAUUAUUGAGACAGAGUGUGAAGAGGGCUCCAUGGUGAGCUGGAUGUCUACACUGCCUAUUCAUGACUUUGAUGCCACAGCUACUGAAGUGCAAGACAGUAAAGUUAAAAAACAGGAUGAUGCAGAUGAAGGUAAUGCCUCUGAUUAGGCCAGUCUUCCUGCAGAAAGAAGAUACAUCAUCUCACCAAAGCACUCUUUGUUUUUUUAGGAAUUUUUUUUCACAAACUGGUAUUCUAGCUGUUUUUGAGUGAGAUUAAAUCAUAUUUCUUUUUUUUUCUUCUUUUUUUUUUUUUAUAAAUGUUAUUAACA